AUGCGCUUCUUCGCCAUUACCACCGCCGGAACACUCCUGUUCCAAAGCAGCACCAUCAUGGCCGCCACGGUCGACCUUCAGUCUAGCCAAGGAAACGCUCGCGCCGCAUUGAAAGACCUCAUGAGUCAAUGCCAGAACGGUAACCUAGCAGGGAACGCCAAACGCGUCUCCAGCAACUCGUACAACGGUAUUGUCGCCUACGCCUGCAAUAGCUUCUGCCGCACUGGCUACAUGCCCUGCCAGGACGCUGAGUGGAGCAUUAACCGCGUCAUCAACGACUGCAACGAUGGCAAGGGUAUGGGAUGA